UCUUCUUUUUUUUCCGUGUCAGAUCUUUUUCAGAUCCUGGCAUUGUGACCUUUGCUGUCUUUUUCACCAUUGGAUUUUCUAUAAUUUGGUGAAAAAGGUUAUUGGUUUUAACUUUUUUUCUUGAAUUAAGAUGAACAAUAUUCUGCAAGAUUUGGUUUUAGAGGAACGAAAUGACCAUAAAGAUUGAAUCUUUUUGUUUCUAUUUAAGGUAAGUAAUCAAUAAAAAGUGACAACAUGGGGCACAAAGAUGGAAAACCAUAUCCACCGGAUAAAAAUUCCUGGAAAAUUCCCGUGGCGUUAAUGGUUGUGGUGCUCUGUGGGUUUUCAUUCUAUCUUGGUGGAAUUUUUUGCUCCGAAAAGGAGAGAUAUGCAACUAAGGAGGUUAACAGGGAAGAUGAAACUGAAACUCCCAUAGGGAAUGCUGCUGGUCCUCUACAGACCAAAGCCGUUUCCUUUUCUGAAUGUAGUGCUGACUAUCAGGACUAUACUCCAUGCACAGAUCCAAGGAGAUGGAAGAAGUAUGGUCUUCAUCGACUUACUUUCAUGGAACGCCAUUGCCCUCCUACUUUUGAAAGGAAGGAAUGCUUGGUCCCCCCACCAGAUGGCUAUAAAGUGCCAAUAAGAUGGCCUAAGAGCAAAAAUGAAUGUUGGUACAGGAAUGUCCCGUAUGAUUGGAUUAAUAAACAAAAAUCGAAUCAACAUUGGCUGAUAAAAGAAGGUGAAAAGUUCAUCUUUCCUGGUGGUGGUACUAUGUUCCCCAAUGGUGUUGGGAAAUAUGUUGAUCUGAUGCAAGAUUUGAUUCCACAAAUGACAGAUGGGACCAUCCGCACUGCCAUUGAUACCGGUUGUGGGGUGGCAAGCUGGGGUGGUGAUCUGCUAGAUCGUGGAAUUCUGACAGUCUCUCUUGCCCCAAGAGAUAAUCAUGAAGCUCAAGUUCAGUUUGCUCUGGAACGUGGAAUUCCUGCGGUUCUGGGCAUCAUUUCCACACAGCGUCUUCCUUUCCCUUCAAACUCUUUUGACAUGGCUCAUUGCUCAAGAUGCCUAAUUCCAUGGACCGAAUUUGGUGGAGUUUACCUUCUUGAAAUACAUCGUAUACUGCGCCCUGGAGGUUUCUGGGUCCUUUCUGGCCCACCAGUGAACUAUGAGAAUCGUUGGAGAGGAUGGAAUACCACCAUUGAGGAGCAGAAAUCAGAUUAUGAGAAGUUGCAAGAUUUGCUCACUUCAAUGUGCUUCAAAUUAUUCAACAAGAAGGAUGACAUUGCCGUGUGGCAGAAAUUGACAGACAAUAGCUGCUAUAAGAAACUUGAUAACCCUGACAAUUACCCUCCAAAGUGCGAUGAUGGUACUGAACCUGAUUCUGCGUGGUACACUCCUCUCCGACCUUGUGUAGUUGUGCCAAAUCCAGCUGCAAAGAAGCUUAAGUUGAAUGCCCUAGCCAAAUGGCCACAACGGUUGCAUGUUGCCCCAGAACGUGUUUCUGAUGUUCGUGGAGGUAGCGAGGGUGCCUUCAAGCAUGAUGAUGUUAAGUGGAAGGUGCGAGCGAAGCACUACAAGAAGUUGCUCCCAGCUAUUGGAACUGAGAAGAUCAGAAAUGUGAUGGACAUGAACACCUUGUACGGAGGUUUCUCUGCUACUCUGAUUGAGGAUCCACUUUGGGUCAUGAAUGUGGUUUCCUCUUAUGCUGCAAACACGCUUACUGUGGUCUACGACAGAGGUCUCAUCGGAACAUUCCAUGACUGGUGUGAGGCCUUCUCAACGUAUCCUCGAACAUAUGAUCUCCUUCACCUUGACGAUCUCUUCACUUCUGAAAGUCAUAGAUGUGAAAUGAAGUAUGUACUGCUGGAAAUGGAUCGUAUUUUGCGGCCUAAUGGGUAUGCAAUUAUCCGGGAGUCCAGCUACUAUGUAGAUGCAAUUGCCACUAUGGCUAAGGGCAUGAGAUGGAGCUGUCGUAAAGAAGACACAGAAUAUGGCGUAGAGAAUGAGAAGAUAUUGAUUUGUCAGAAGAAGCUCUGGUAUUCAAAGCAGAGUUCAGAAUAAACUAUGCAAGUUUUGAUUAAAUAGAAUAGUGAUAAAUUUACAAUACAAGCCCAUACGAGAAAAACUCCGGAGCUCACAGAGAAUUAUUUGCUCUACAGAUAACAAGAAAUUGAGAUUUUGAAUUUGGUACCCAAAAUAACCAUGUCUGUGCUAAUCUCAUGGUUCCAUGUCAUGCUAUAAUUAUUCUUUGUAAGGAUCAAGCCUUGUCCUUUGUUGUAUUCUAUCGUUUCUUCAUUUACCUUCUUAGAGCUGGCUAUGAUAAAUGUAGUCUUUUAUAAGUAACGACAUUACAGCCUCCUUAUUUAUGUAUCUAGUUAAAUUUGUUCAC